CGUCACUUGCAACAUGGCUUCCAAGCACAGCGCACCUAAUUGGAGUCUGGCGGAAAGAUUGUAUUUAAUUCAAACUUUAAAAGAAUGGAAUAUAAUUGGUCGCUUAGACGGGCGUAAAACGAGGAACAGUGAACUAUUUAAAAAAGUUCACGAGAGGUUACACGAAGCCGGAAUAGACCGGAGCGUUGACCAGAUUAGAAACCGGUGGAAAACCGGCUACUACAAGGCAAAAGAGCAAAACAGCAGAAGCGGAUACGACCCCACAAACACAACAAUGGGAGGCGAAACGAUCAGUUCAAUCGGUCAGGGACUGUGUGUGCUACUCGGAAUAUCUGUUGAGGACACCCACACAGACGCAGAGUACAUAGUACGCAAGAUCCUGAACCUGCGGCUGUUUGAAGAUGAGAACGGUCGAGCAUGGAGUAAAAGUGUCAUGGACCGGGACUAUGAGGUGCUAUGUGUGAGCCAGUUUACACUCCAGUGCAUACUAAAGGGCAACAAGCCAGACUUCCACUCGGCCAUGCCUGCAGAGUUGUCCCAACCUUUCUACGCCAGCAUCCUGGAGAACAUGAGGAGUGCCUACAAGCCUGAGCUGGUUAAAGAUGGAAAGUUUGGGGCCUCCAUGCAGGUACAUGUUCAAAAUGAUGGUCCAGUUACCAUUGAACUGACGUCACCGUGUGUUUCUUCAGACCCCCGACAGUUGUCCAAGCUGGAGAAGCAGCAGCAAAGGAAAGAAAAGGCCCGCUCCAAGGUACCCUCCGAGUCAAGCAGAGAGAAAAGUGCCCUUCGUGCCCGACAGGACACUAAUGCGAGUAGUGGGGCAGAGGGUGACGUGUCUUCAGAAAGAGAGCCCUAGAUGUCCUGACUGAAUAACAGAAUGACAACAUAAUAAGUUUCCUCAGGAAGGACUUCAUUCUCAUUGAGUCCAAAAGUGAUUAGGACUCUCCUUUUUCAUGGAAAUCAGCACACGUCCCUUCCACCCGUCCUUGGAGGUCAAGGCAUAGGGAUGAUCACGUCAUGCAAUCGGGGAGUGGUUUUUGUGGACUGCCUAUAAUUCAAUUUCAAGUUUUUUAAUUCUUCAGCAUGAUGACCAUGAUUAUGUUGGAGCUUUUUCAAAUGAAUAAUAUCUCAAUAUCAGAAAUAAAUUCCAGUUUCUUUUUAAGUGUGAUUUUGCCGAAUGGGGUUAUUGCAUAAAUCUGUCUUGAAAGUCAAAUGAGCCACACUUACUUCUAUAAUGAAAUUAAACCACAUGCCACUUCAAGGAAUCCAGAUAAUGUAUAGGUGGGAUUGGUACAUAGUCCCUACUGCAAUGCGCCAAAUUUAUAUUUACUGUUCAAAUUACUCAGCAUCUAUUUAACAGUUUUAAGGCCUGGAAUUCCUUCAAAUGUUUUUCCUCUGAAAUAUCUGAGUCAAAGUCCUACAGGCAAAGCUGUGCCUUACCAUCUGAGUAAGUGACAUAAAUUUCCUCCAGGACUUUCAGAACUAAUGUGAUUUUGCAUGCCAGUUGGCCACAGUAAUUAACUAGUCAUCUGCAGCACAUUGAACAACUAAAAUACUUGAACUGACAUAAACAUUUGCCUACUUUUAUUCUCAUUAUGUUUUAAAAAACACCAUUUUCAGCUUGUGACAACUGCACAACUGUCUCAUCGUGCCCUCAUUCAGCCCAUAAUAGUCCAGGUUUUAGCGAAGUUUAUAUAUCUGAGCAAUAUGAACAACCGUAAUGGGAGUAUAUAACUCCCAUUAUGCACAUUAAAACUGUUCAGUCUAUAAGGACAGGUAGAUUACCAUUCUCUUUGUUUAACUCAUUCACUUCCAGCCAUUUUCACUAGAGCAAGGCCCUUCGCUCCCGGCCGUUUUUCUGGAUUUUGACUGAUUUUGCAAGCCCCACAGAAAAUUCUGUUCUAUUGCUAUAUAAACAUGGAACCCACCAAAAGAAAGAUUACUCUCUUCUUUUAGCAGAAAAAAAUGUAAGUUCAUAUCUUUUUCCAUUCUUUAGAAAUCAGCAUUAGAAAAUAGCUUAGUUUGAGCAAUUUUCCAAUUUCUGAUGAAAAAACGGAGAAUAUUAGCUUUUUGUAAACGCAAACAUUUCAAACAUAACUUUUGAUUUUAACAAAGCUAUUUUUUGCAUUAGUUACAUCCCAAACAUCUGAAUAAUGUUUUCCUUUUACAAAAUACCAUGAACAACCAGACAAAUAGAGCUUUUGAUAGCAAAGUAACAAUUUAUUUACACAUGACUACUGAGAGAUGACGCUUUGUCGCCGAGAUGAUGGCGUUGUCGCCACGUCAGCCGUGUAAACUUUUCCCUCGUCGUUGUCUGUCUCACAAAGAUGGAUUAUUUUUGCGUCACUGCGGGGUCUGCUCAGCGAGCCGCUGCACUGGGGGUCCCACUCGUUUUGCUCGGUCGUCCAGCGCCUGGCCUCCCAGGUGUCCUCUCAGUUGUUUUGUUCGGUUGGAGUGCCGCCUGGCAUCAUGCCGCCAGCGCUCUGACCGUGCUGCCCGGCUGUUCAUUGCUGUUGAAUCGGGUUGCGGGUGUUAUAAAAUGCGCUACUGCCCUCCAGUGGCCAGUUUUAUUGCUUUAAAAUGGGUUUGGAGCCUUGUUUUUUGUUUAUCAGAUAGAUCGCAAGCUAUAGAUGCUUCUUGUAAAAAAAAAAGUAAAAUAAAUAAAAAAUAAAAAAAACGCAAAAGACGUAUAAAUACGUUUUUGGGACAAUUAAGCAUUUAAAAAUGGAACGUAUUUAUACAUUUCUGGGAGCAAAUGAGUUAAGCAGCCAAACAGGACAGGUAAAAGAGAAAAAAGGAUUAUCUUAUCCGACCCGAGCAGAGGUGGGUAGAGUAGCCAAAAAUGUUACUCAAGUAAGAGUAGCGUUACUUCAAAAUUAUACUACUCCAGCAGGGGUGAAAGUGGCUAGAUUUGCCAGGGGGUGGGGUGGGGGUGAAACCUAAUAGCACUAAAAUGCAGAGAAAACUGCUUUUGGCACAGUUAUACCUAUAACACAUACACAAACACAAAAACAACUGUUUUUCUAUACAUGCAUUCGACUACUGCAUUAAACAUACUAUCACAAGGCAAACAUUAGAAACUUUCAUUCAAAAUUGUAUUUUUCAAUCAUUUGCAAAAAAACACUUAUCAAAAACAGCUGUAACCCCAACCUCUACCUCCUAAAAAUGAAAAACCUACAUUUUAACUACUUAAGAACAUAGGAUGUACAUUAAAAUUGAAGAUAAUGUAAACAUUUUUUUUUAUUUUUUAUAAAGAAUAAAGAUAAGUAAACAUUCACAAAAAUAAAUACAAAUGACUUACAUUAUACACAGUGUAAUGGAAUAUAUUUUCAAGAUCACUCAAACAUUGAGUGUUUUAAAAUAUAAGGACUAAAUAUUGUAAGUAGCCUAACAUAAAUGAAGUCCAAAGUGCACAUUGACAUGAAAGAUGUUCUGAACCUCCCCAUUAAAGUACAUAAAAUAAAUAAAUAAGCCUCUUCAAAUCUUUACUUUGUAUUAAAGAUCUGAUGAAUUUUCUGUUGCUUUGUCCUUUUUUAUCGCGUAAUUCAACAAGCCUGUUCAUUUUUUUUCUUUUUUUCUUUUGCUCUUUUGGUUUCAGAAAACGUGCAUUUGAACCUAUCGGAGUUAACUGUUUUUGCUGAUCACAUGUCAGUGUGUCAGCCAAUCGAACGGACAACUGAGUCCUUCAACGCGACUGCUUGUACCUGGUCUCGUCAGAUUCCGAUAACUGCUGCAGCUGCAGAGAGCUCCGAUCCGUGCCGUCCGUGGAAUAGAUAAAUAUUAGAUAUCUGUGGAAACGGCUGACGCUACACUAGCACUUUAUUAUGCUUGUUGGUAACACUUGUUUAUGUAAAUCUGACAUCAGUAGAUUGUUUUCCUCUUGGUGAUGCCUGUGUGGCAGCCAGGCAGGUUGUUUUUGGCAUGGGGUUUUGAUAGUUGCCAUUAUACUUUUGGGAUCAAAGCACCGUUCCACCUUGUUCCGGCGCCGAAGCUCUUACCAUAACGGCGUUCCGGCCCACUUUCACCCCUGUAAUCAAGUAAAAAUAAAUUAGUCAUCCAAAAAUAUUCUCAAGUACAAGUAUAAAAGUAUUUGGUGAAAAGAAUACUCAAGUAAUGAGUAACAUUGCGAGUUAAUGCUUAAGAUGUUUUUUAUUUUAUUUUUUUAAACAAUGUUAUUUUUUUUUCUAAGCAGAAAGUAAUCUAUAUAAACUGUUAUUAUUAUACUGUACUAUAACAUAUUACAUAACCACGUGAAGCCAAAGAUAAACAAAAGAGUGAAUUCUGGUGAGAGAAAAAAAUCUACAAAAAUUAACCAUUAUUCGUCCAAAGAGCCCUCAAGUGGAAAAAAUAUAUUUCCUAUUAUGAAACUUAAAGGAUCAUAUCCCUCGUUUUGCGUGGUCAUUCAGUGCCAAAUAAAAACAGGGAGAUAGAUUAUAAUCCAUGCUUUCCGGUCAUGUUGACGGCGGCGCUUUAUGUCAAAGAAUCAUUUUUUUUACUGCGCUUUGAAGUCGCCACAUGAUUAAACAGGCUGGCGUGAUCACAGAACGGCAAGCUUGUGUCUGAUUGGUGUAAAGGCGUCAGCCCAGUGUGACAAGAAGUCCGUGGCAAGCGCAAAACGGGAGGAGCCACGUAACCUGACGUAGACGCUGUCAGGAAGUGAAAAGCGGCAAGCAUAUUUACUAUAGUCCCAAGCACCAAUGCAUUUAUAUUUCAUUGUUGCACAAGAAAACAGCAACUUUUCCUAUUUCAAGGAAGGGGGCAUUAUAAUAGCUGUGUAACAAGUGUUACUAGUUUUAGUGAGAAAGUGACUAGUUAUUUGGUGUUCAUGAACAACAUUUCCACACGAACACACAUCAAGGUUCUAUUUAGCUUUUUCCAGAGUCUCAGGCUAUGUCUACACUAGGACGGAUAAUGGCCUUAAACGUGUAAUUAGUUGGACUAUACGGCAUGUCGGCUACACCAGUAUGCCUCCUAUCCGGAUUAGUUGUUAUAGACGGAUAAUGUAGGCGGGUAAUAUUACCCACUGCUAAAUAUGGACUGCUGUCUCCGUACACCAAUCGGAUACUAAGGAAGUGAUGUCAUGCCGUCGCCAUAUUUAGUGCGGCAUGACGACAUCGUAUGGAAGCGGACGAUCACGAAGUAGCAUUCCUGCUCCUCUUUUCCACACAUUUUCUUGAACCUUCAAACUACGUUUCAAUAAUAUGCUUCAAUUCGGUGCCCAUUUGUGGUCCUCCCAUCGCGGAUGAAGCAGAGAUGUUUGUAGCAGAGUGUUUUUUACCGACUUGUCUCCCGCGUUGUCUCCGAUCAGCCAGCUGCGAGGCUGGCCCCUCUCAACUCAAUGCCAACCGAACAUGAGUAUAUAAAAAUGCAUAGAGGAAAAUUAAACCCGGAAAAGUGACCUGCCGGGUACCCCCAGUCAAAGAGGCGCGCUAUCAGUUUUUUCCCACGACAUUUCUGCCUCUCAAAACUGUCGCCUCUUCCAGGAUUGCCACUGUUAUGCACAAGCACUCCUGGUUGCGGCUUCCAAGGAAUAUACGCAGAACCACACCAUAUGCUUCUAUUUGUUAUUUUCCAAGUGGUGAGAGCGCAACUGAGUAUCGAUUGUAACAUCCCAAGUAACGAUGUCAUUCUUUCGUUGAUUUCUAAAUGAUAUAUAUCAAUCACAACUCGGCAAAGUGCUCGUAAAAGCCUAAACCCUAACGCUGCUGCGUGACGCAAUCAAUUGCGUUCACAAAAAAAAAACAGUGAUCACAAAAUAAUGACAGUCAAGAAGGUGUAGUAAUUUUGAAAUUUGCUGCCGGCGAGUAUUGAGUCUCCGGUUCAGAGGUAAACUGCGCGCGCAAUGACGUAACAUAUGAGGCUGCUCGUUUCUACGCAUUAGUAGUUUGCGCAAAUGCAGGCGUACCUUGCAGAAGCGGGGGGGCCUUAAACGCCCUUAAACACACCUUAAACGUAAGUGUGGACAUGUAUAAAAAAUAGUCAGCAAAAGACCCUGGAAAAAAUUAUCUGUCCUAGUUUAGACGUAGCCUCAGAGCUCUCGAAACUUUUAAAAAAGCGCAUUUAUCAAGGUUUUUUCGGCCUUGAUUUGCGUGUAUCCGUCUUCCAAAACAGCCUGAUAGCACAGAUAUAAGUACGCCUGCCCCUCUGCUAUUGAAUGUGUUGUUGACGUAAGCGCGGCGCCGCUCUGAAAAUACAGCAAGCUCUAUUUUGGGCCCUGCCUCUUGUUGCAAAUUCAUUCGAGCUUGCCGCUUCGCCCAAGACGGCCGUCCACCGCUCAGUUUCGCCGAGAAGUCCGCUCCCACAUACUCAAUGCAUGGGUUGCCGCUGAACCCUUCACACUCUGGUGCCGAUAGACCCCACUCACAUGACGUCACAACCACGCCUCCGCGUCAUAUUGUCCGUCAGGUUGUGUUUACGCAUUACCGCUACGUAAAUUCCUCCUAUUAUGGCGUGUUAUUCUGCUCGUUAACGUUAAUAAUCAUAAUGGUGAAGGCGUGUGUGGCGGUUGGUUGCAGUAACAGAGAAGAUAGACGGAGAGACUUGAAAUUCUACCGUAUUCCGAGAGACCCGGAGAGGAGAGCGAGAUGGACUGCUGCAAUUCGACGAGAAAACUGGGCACCAAACGAUCACCACAGAUUAUGUAGUAGUCAUUUUAUAUCUGGUAAGAUGCAUUUAAUAUAUAUUUAGAGGGUUUUGGGCUGAGAACCACAAUUAAGAUCAUUGUGAGGCGAAUCGCCGACACCAUACAGUUUCAAAUUCAAGAUGCUUAUUUCUUCCGCCAUCAUUAUAUUUUGAAUAAUAUUUAGCUGGUACCAAGUGAAAGAAGCUGGCCUCCUCUAUGGACCAUCAGUUAAACAGGUGUGUCCAAACCUUUUUUCAAAGGGGGCCAGAUUUGGUGUGGUAAAAAUGCGGGGGGCUACCUUGGCUGAUUUACAUAGAACAAUAUAUUUAAACAAAUUUUAGCAAGCCCUUCUGUGUGUCACAUUUGCUUUAUUAUUUUUUUUAAUUCAUAAUUUCAACAAUCUCGUCUUUGUGGCGUUCUCUUUCGACACUCGGGCUCUUGCGAAAUACUGCUGCUGUGAAAUUAAACUAGCUUCAAGUUGCUAUAAUUUCUCGCUGCGUAUCUUCCCUGUAAUGUCGUACAUGUCAGCGUGUCUUGUUCGGUAAUAUCAUUAUCGCGUCACAUCGAACUCUUUGAAAACAGCGACUGUCUCUUUGCAAAUGAGGCAGACACAGUUGUUGCAUGUUUUAUUGAAGAAAUAGUCCAAUAUCCACCUAUCCUUGAAGCGUUGGCCAUCGCAGUCAACUUUUUUUUAUUUUUUUAUUAAUUGUCGCCAUUUUAGAAAAUUGGAAGUAAAGGGUCACACGGGGUAAUUUUGCUUAAAGUUUUUUAAACUUUCAUGAGAAUAGGCUGGGUUGUGUGGACAAGAUAGUUGUAGAUAUCAGGGUAGCAGAUGUCAGGCAGAGAGGGCGAAGACAGCGGGUCGAAAAAUAUCGAUUUAGGCAUCAAAUAUGGAUCUGGCGAAUAAAUACACUGAAGCUUUUCCACAUAACGCCUUUUAUGCAACGCAUCCAAUGAGUUUACAGGGUCUGAAAGCACCGGGGCUUCCAUGAAUUGCACUAUAAAUUGCACGACAAAUUGAAAACAUUGAGAAUACGGAUAAACAAUGACGGACAAUAUGGUGGCCGGAUACAGCGACACGUCAUUGUGUGACGUUGGUGAGUGGGGUCUAUUGAUUGAAACUGCUUUAAUGGAGUCCUGAUUAUUGUUACGAAGUCUAAUGGUUGAGCCACUGUUGCUGUCUGUGGCAAAAAAAAACUAAAAUCUAAUAUGUAAAGAGUAAAAAUGUAACGACUAGUGUAGUCCAAAGUAGCAGCGUAAGACUAGCGUUUCUUCUUUACAAAUCUACUCAAGUAAAAGUAAAGAGUAUGGCUUAGAAAAACUGCUCUUGGAAGUACAUUUUUCUCAAAAAGUUACUCGAGUAAAUGUAACGCGUUACUACCCACCUCUGCACGCAAGCCACUUUUUUUUUAUGGAGACUGUUAAGUAAUGGACCUGUGCUGUAUUACUGCUGUAUGUAUGAUUUAUGAUGCUAUCACACUGCUGCUGGAUGGCCUGUUGAAAUAAUUUACUGUUUCAUAUAUGAGAACAGAACAAUAACAACUGUAGUGAUUCAAGACAAUGAACCCAUGAAGUCCUCCGCUACGAAUAUUAGUACUUUUUUUUUUUUUCUUUUUUUUUUAAAGGCCAAUAUUGACCGUUAAUCAUCUAAAGUUAAUCAAUCAAGAAUUGUGUCUCAAUUGGGAUCAGUGUUCAAAUUUAAUAUUUACCUUUGUGGAGAAUUGGCAUGUAUAUGUUGGAAUGGGGAAUAAAACAAUGUAAUUUGUAAUUGUUGAUUUUUUUUGUUAUUUAAUAAAGAUGGUUAGA